UCGUCGAGGCUGAGCGCUGGAGAGGAGCGGAUGAGCCAGGGCAAGGAGCCGCGGGGCUGAGGUUGCCUGGUGGUGGGCUAGAGGGCGGUGCCGGCUGCCUUCAAUGUGGCCGGAGCCCCCUGGCAGCGAAGUUGAAGGCUGGGGUUGGGCUGAACUACGCCUGCCAUGGCUCCUCUGGCCGGGAUCGCCUUGCUUCUUCUCGCCUGCUGGAUGCUCCUUUUGGCCCCGGGGGCCCCGCAGAGUCCCGGGGAGAAAGAUUCUAUUUUGGGAAAUCUAGAGGAAUACAGGCUGGUCAUCCCAACUAGCACAGACUCAAAAGGCAGGUUCGUUUCCAAAGUCGUGUCGGGAGCAUCAAAGAGGCGCUUCCCAAGAGACAUCAGGGAUUUUCCUCAGGAUGCUGCAGGCAAGGAAAUUUUUUACAAUGUCACUGUUUUCGGACAAGAAUUCCACUUUAGAUUAAGGCCAAAUUCCCGGCUGGUGGCUCCUGGAGCAACUGUGGAAUGGCAGGAGGAUUCAAACAUCACCUACACUGAACCACUUCAUGGGGAUUGCCUCUAUGUGGGGCAUAUCACGGACUUGCCUAAUGCUUCUGUUGCCAUCAGCAAUUGUGAUGGACUGGCUGGCAUGAUUCGCACGGACAAGGACGAGUAUUUCAUUGAACCUCUGCAGAAGGGGAAGCAGGAGGAAGAAGAAGGAAGGACCCAUGUGGUAUACCGCAGGACAGCUGUCAAGGGAGCAUUUCACAGAGAGAACCCAGAUACCCAGCCUAGAGAGGCUGAUUUGAGCAAUCUAGACAGCAUGCUGUACCUAUUGAAAGAUGAAAUAAGUUCUUCCAGGAAGAGGAGGAGAUACCCAAGACACGCGGCUGACGAUGACUACAGCAUUGAAGUGCUUCUUGGAGUUGAUGACUCAGUUGUACAGUUCCAUGGGAAAGAACAUGUUCAGAAGUAUCUUCUGACUCUGAUGAACAUU